AUGAGAGACAGCAGUGACAGAAGGACUUCUCCACGACUGCUUUGUGUAGCAACACAACAGAAAAAUACUGGCCAGAACUUGGAAGAGGACCAGAGUCAGAGCCAAAAUGAGCAGAAGGUUGAACCCAGCUCUGCUGAAAAACUGUUAACUGAAGAAAAGGCCAAACUGGAAGAACAACUAAAAGAAGUUACUGACAAGUACAAGCGUGCCUUGGCGGAUGCAGAAAACGUGAGGCAAAGAAGCCAGAAACUGGUAGAAGAGGCAAAGUUAUACGGGAUUCAGAGCUUCUGUAAGGACUUACUAGAAGUUGCAGACAUUUUGGAGAAAGCAACCGAAAGUGUUCCGAAAGAAGAAAUUAAGGACGAAAAUCCUCACUUGAAGAGCUUAUAUGAAGGUCUUGUUAUGACAGAAGUACAGAUUCAAAAAGUGUUUAAAAAACAUGGCCUGCUCAGACUGAAUCCUGUCGGAGCCAAGUUCGAUCCCUAUGAACACGAAGCGUUGUUCCAUGCUCCCAUGGAAGGGAAGGAGCCUGGCACUAUUGCAUUAGUAUCCAAGAUUGGCUAUAAGCUGCACGGGCGUACACUGCGGCCUGCCUUGGUGGGUGUUGUGAAAGACGCUUAGCUGCUUAAUCUGAGAAUUUAAAAUGCCAUACAACUAUUAAAGAGCUGGAUGGUUUUUCUCUUACACCAUGCUUUCCUCAUUCCUCUGCCCCCUGAGAGGUCUAAAUGAAUUGGUUGAGGUCUCCCAGUGAAAAGGAAGCAACCGAUGAAAUUCUCCUGCUUAGUGGCCUUCAACAUCACUGUUCCAUAAGCACUCUUAAGUGUGAAAUACAAGAGCCAUUAAGCCCUCUAAUGCUUUAGAUUAGAUAACUUUUUUUUUGCAACUACUGCUACCGAAGGUACAUUAAAUUGAAAGGACUGAUAUGCACACAAGAAUUCUGCAAUCUCACGUUUAUCACCAUGUGUAGAUUGAAAAUCCAAAUAGUGGUUCAAACACUUCCUUUUGUUUUGUAGAAUCUAACAUUGCAGAAGUGGGUGAAGUAGUACAAAUAACCCGUUUUCUGCAAGCAUCCAUCAGCUUUUACACACUGAUGUGAUAAAUACUGUUUUUUGUCUAUUCAGAAAUAAUCUCUCUCAACAACUGAAAGUAAAACCUUUGUGAGUUCUGACCUGUAAAUAAAAGGCAAUGGAGAGUAGACAUCUUUUGUCAUUGUUCAACCCUUUUUGUUCUGUAGUAUUGAUGACUCAAGAAAAGCAUCUAAUACUUGUAUGGCAUUGAAGAACCAAUAGAAUUUAUCCUAUCUCUGGAUUUUUAAUUUAAUAUUGUAUAAAUUGGUUUAAACAAUUUUGAUAUAGUCUUGUAACUUCCAAGCUUUACAAACAGUUUGUUAUGCAAACUGUAGUUACAACCCUGCUGAAAGCCAGAAUACCCAAAGAAGCAAGUAGCUGAGAGUUUAGUAUAUGCUGUCUUUUAGAAUUACAUAAAUAAUUGCAUGUAAGCGGCUCAAAC